GUGUAGGGCGCGAGCCACCUCCUCCCUGCGCGGCGCUUCCUGUAGCUGCGUUCGUCGCCGCCGGGGGCCACGGGGAUCCCGGGCGGUACCGGGCUGGAGAAGGCCGGGGUUUGGUUCGGAUCCGCCGCGAGGUACCUAGCCUGAUAAGAUGCCAGGGCCAAGACCUCGGAAGAGCCCUAAGACCAGUGGUCAAGGUGUGGCAGCUGCCAAGCAGCUGGGGCUUUUUGUGGAGUUCAACCCUGAGGACGUGCUGCUGGGGAUGGAUGAGACUGAAGAUGAUGGGGACCUGGAGGCUGAGCUGUUGGCCCUCACUGGGGAAGUAGAGAGCACAGGCAGGAAGUCAGCACCCAAGGGGCAGGCCCCGCUGCCCAUGGCCCAUAUCGAGAAAUUGGCAGCAGACUGUAUGCGAGAUGUAGAAGAGGAGGAGGAGGAGGAGGAAGGGCUGGAGGAAGAUGCAGAUCUGCUGACAGAGCUGCAGGAGGUCCUGGGUGUGGAUGAGGAUGCUGAGCUGCUAGAUGGCAGUGAAGCAGCAAGUCCAGACUUGUCUGAAGAGGAGAAGGCACAGGAGAGCUCUGAACAACCUGUAGUGCAGGGAGCCCUCCUAAAUGCUGCGGUCCCAGCGGCUCAGGCUGGAGGGCCUCGGGGGCUGCAGGCUUUGCUGGAGGGAAGGAUCCACAACUACAGGGAAGCCGCAGCCUGUGCCAAGGAAGCAGGUGAAGCUGCCAAAGCCCGGCGCUGUGAGCGAGGCCUGAAGACUCUGGAGUCACAGCUCGCUACUGUGAGGAAAGGCAGGAAGAUCAAUGAGGAUGAGAUUCCACCUCCAGUGGCCUUGGGAAAGAGGUCCCCACCCCCUGAGGAAACUGCCAGCAGGAGCCCUGAGACAGACUCUGCAGCUUCCCCUGCCAUGGAGACAGACAAUCCCUUGCAACCUGAGACCAGUCUCCCAGGCAGCUCUGCCAUUGCUGCCCUGCCAGAUUCAGACUCAGACCCACGGGCCUUGCUGUUGACCCGACAGAGAGAGUACAAAGUGGCUGCUCUCAGUGCCAAGCGGACUGGAGAUAUAGACCAUGCCAGGGAGCUCAUGAAGAUUGGGAAGAGAUUUAGUGCUGUCCUGGAGGCCCUGGAGAAGGGACAGCCUGUGGAUCUGAGUGCCAUGCCCCCAGCACCUGAAGAUCUGAAGACCUUCCCACAAGCUUCCAAGGCUCCUACAGCAACUCCAGUCCUAUCUCCAGCACUGGAGCGAGUACAGCCCUUGAUGGCCCCUGACAUCCCAGCCACCCUAGUGGCCCCUGCAGAGCCACAAACAGUACUGGAUGCCUUGCAGCGAAGGCUAGACAAGUACCAAGAGGCAGGCCAUCAGGCUCGGGCCAGUGGGAAUGAGCGCAAGGCCAGGAUGCACGAACGCAUUGCCAAGCAAUAUCAGGAUGCUAUUCGAGCUCAUCGAGCAGGACGGAAAGUGGACUUUGCUGAGUUACCUGUUCCUCCAGGAUUUCCCCCCAUCCCUGGCCUGGAGCCCACUAAGGGUACCGAGGAGGAUUUAGUGCCAGCGCCUUUGGCAGCUGCCCAGAAACUGACCUCAGAAGAUACAGCCCUGGGAGACGAAGAUGAGAAUGAGGAGAGUGACAUCCCAGCACAGGCCCCAGUAGCCAAGAAACCAGUGCAGCCUCCAGUCCCUCCAUCCCAUCUUCUGCCUGAGCUCAAGGCUUCAAGUUCUAAGGAGUCACUGAGUCCAACAGCUCGGGAGCAGCUGGCUCUCUUGGAGGCUCGGAAACUCCAGUACCAACGAGCAGCCCUUCAAGCCAAGCGCAGGCAGGACUUGGAGCAGGCCAAAUCCCAUCUGCGAGUGGCUAAAUGUCUUGAGGCCCAGAUCAUCCAGGCCCGAGCAGGCCAAACUGUUGACCUCUCUAAGGUGCCUUCACCCUUGACGGAUGAAGAGGGUGACUUCAUCCUCAUUCACCACGAGGACCUGCGACUCUCCCAGAAGGCAGAAGAGGUGUAUGCCCAGCUACAAAAAAUACUCCUAGAGCAGCAUGAGAAGUGCUUGCUGUUCUCCAAGCAGUUCAUGCACCAGGGCAAUGUGGUUGAGACUACCCGGUUUGAGAAGCUUGCUCAGGACCGCAAGAAACAGCUUGAGAUCCUGCAACUGGCCUGGGCCCAGGGUGUUGAUCCUCCCAGCCACCACUUUGAAUUGAAGACAUUUCAGACUGUGAGGAUCUUCUCAGAACUCAAUAGCACAGAAAUGCAUCUGAUCAUCGUCAGGGGAAUGAACCUCCCAGCCCCUCCAGGGGUUACUCCUGAUGACCUGGAUGCUUUUGUACGGUUUGAGUUCCACUACCCUAAUUCGGACCAGGCUCAAAAAAGCAAAACAGCCGUAGUAAAGAACACAAACUCUCCAGAAUUUGAACAAGUCUUCAAACUAAACAUCAAUAGAAAUCACCGGGGCUUCAGGAGGGUGAUCCAGAGCAAAGGAAUCAAGUUUGAGAUCUUCCACAAAGGAUCCUUCUUCAGAAGUGACAAGCUGGUUGGCACAGCACACCUGAAAUUAGAAAGGCUGGAGAAUGAGUGUGAGAUCAGAGAGAUCAUGGAGGUCCUGGAUGGAAGAAAGCCCACUGGGGGGAAGCUGGAGGUGAAGGUGAGACUGCGGGAGCCUUUGAGUGGCCAGGAUGUGCAGGUUGUCACGGAGAACUGGCUGGUCCUGGAGCCGAGGAACAUGUGAGGUAGUCCGCCCUGGGAGGGAACUGGGCAGCUGUGAUGUGCACCAGCUCACUUCCCAGCAUUGCUGACUGCAAGAGCCUUUGUACUUAAGAGAGAUGCUGUUACACAAGCGCCAAAGACCUGCUGAACUAACCAUGGCCUGGGCUUUCCUCUCGCUGCCUCUCCUGGGCCUCCAGUGAAGCAGGCUAGAUCCCAAGAGCUUCUCUCCCAGCCUCCCACUCUCCAAAGUGUGAGCGAAGACCAGGAUACCCUCCUUACUCUAUGCCAUAGAAUCCUGCCACUUAACCUCAUAAUGAUGGUGUACAACUUUCCCCAGUCCCAGUAGCACCAUUUCUGAAUGUGCCUUUCAAAGAUGUUAACUGUAAGGGAUGGGAGAACUCGAGAGUGAUUGGGCCUUCUCUGCUUAGAGCAGGGACAGGGUUCUGUGACUCCAGUUCUUAAUGGCAGCUCAGCCAUUUCCCCCUUGCCUGUGCCUUUGUUCUUGACCGCUGCUGCCCUAGCCUUCCUGCUUCCCAGAGGACUUGGUAACAGGAAAGUUACUUUGGUACUGCUUGGUGGGAAGUAAGGGGAAGGUUGUGUCUUGGUUUUGGUCCAUGUACCUAGGAUGAAAGACUGUUAACUAGGGAGAGAAAAGAAAAAGAAAAGAAAAGAAGAAGGAAGGAAGGAAAGAAAGAAAGAAAGAAAGAAAGAAAGAAAGAAAGAAAGAAAGAAAGAAAGAAAGAAAGAAAG